CAGGAAAUGGUAUAGACACAGAAACUGCUGUGUGCUGUUGGACAAAUUGGAGAUGGAGUCUAGAAAGUUACUGAUGAGAAAGCAGGGCCCUAAGAGUGAUGACACUGGUGCCAACACAGACAUCUCUGAGCAGAUCACACCCUCACCCCUCUCACCUCUCUCCAGACUGUACAUUUACGCUCUACAUGGGUGCCUCUGUGAGGUGGCAUUCACAGCAUCCUGGGAUUGGUACUACACCCAUGACCUCAGACUAGCAGGACACACAAGCCUUUGGGCGCUCCUUAUAUACAGCUCUGCUAUCUUCUGCAUGGAAGGUCUAAGUGUGACGCUGCAGGAGAAACACUGCCCAUUACCAGUCAGGCUGACUGUCUACACUCUCUUCAUCUAUCUAUGGGAGUUUAGCUGGGGGUAUCUGCUCAGGCUUUUCGGGGCAUGUCCUUGGGACUAUUCAGAAUUCAGGUUUAACUUCAUAGGUCUGGUGACACUUGAAUAUGCUGUUCCCUGGGCACUGGCGGCACUUAUAGCUGAAAAACAUGUUAUUAGGAACACUCUGAAGAUACGGCUAUAGAUAAACUGAAUGUAUAAAAAGAUAACUCAUUGCACACAAACUGUUGAUCAGAAACAUUUUACAAAUCUUUGACUCUGUAUUGCAAUAAAGUGUUUAGUAGGCCUGUAAAUGCUACAGUGCUAAUGGAGUGCAACAGUUGGGUUCCGGAAGCAAAAAUCCCAUUCAUUGUCUAAUGAAUAAAUAAAUAACUUUUCAAGACAGA